AUGAUAAUAGCUCUCUUGGUAGCAUCAGUGUUGUGUUGGGGGCUGGCUAGUCCCAAGAACACCCACUACGUACAGGAUGCCCACCACGUACAGGAUACCCACCACAUACAGGAUACUCAGCACGUACGGGAUGCCCACGUCCUGCAGUUCACGCACGAUGUACAAUUUACGCAGAAUAACGCAGAAUCUACGCAAGGCAUCACCAAAACAGAAAACCCAGAUAGUCAGGGGACGCUAAUAACAAGGGAACUCAUCCAGACACUCUUCGUUAAUCAACUUGAUAUCAAAACAGUGUUGGCAGAUCUGUUGCAGAGUGUGAGUGCUCAAGUGAACCAGUGCUCAACUCUCACUCAAGAUGGCGCUCACUUGAACAAUGCUACGCAAGAACUACAGCUGGAAGCCGUAAUCCUUUGGCAGAAGGUGUUCCAACAGGAGGCUGAGGUGCAGCAGCUGAGAGACCAGCAGCUGCAGCUGAAGAACUCUCUGCAACAGCAGCAAGAGACGUUACAGCAGCAAGAGAAGGUAAUACAACAACAGGAAGAGUCAUUGCAGCAGCAACAGAAUGUAGUACAGCAACAGGAAGAAUCGAUACAGGAACAACAGAAUGUGAUACAAAAUCAGGAAGAAUCGAUACAGGAACAACAGAAUGUAAUACAACAACAGGAAAAAUCGAUACAGCAGCAACAGAAAAUAAUACAACAACAUGAGGACUUUAUACAGGAGCAACAGAAUGUAAUACAACAACAGGAAGACACAAUAGAACAGCAACAGAACGCAAUACAACAACAGGAAGAGGCAAUACAGCUAGAAGAGACAAUGCAACAGGAACAAAACUAUGCUCAGCAAGUAGAAUCAGAAGAGACAAUACAGAUGCAGCAUAAUACAAUACAACGACAACAAGAAACAAUACAACAGCAAGAGAAUCUAAUACAAAAACAAGAAGAGACGAUCAAACAAGAAAAAGAGAAAACACAACGACAAGAAAAUACACUACAGCAACAAGAAGAGACGAUACAGCAACAACAGGUUGUAAUACAGGAAGAGGAAGAGAAAAUACAAGAAUUAGAGAACACGAUACAUAAGCAGCAAGAGGCGAUACAACACCUAGAGAACGUGACAAGAGACCAGGAAGAUACGUUAUUACAACGAGAAAGUAAAUUAGAGGCAGUGUCAGCGGAACUCCUACUAGUGAAACAACAAUCUCUGUCAGCUGCUGACACUCUCGCUAGUCUGACUUCACAAGUGCAGAAUCUGACGCAGCAGAAGGAAGAACUCGCUGCAACGAACACCCAACAGCAAUUCACCAUAACAGACUUAGAAAUGAACAAAACGCGACUUCAGGAAGCCAAAAGCAGCUUAGAACAGAACUUAGAAGAGUGCCAACAAUCACUAGCUGAGGAAGCUAACACAAAGAGAGACUACAUUUCACCCGACGAUGGUCACUCAGAACCAGAAUUCCAUCACUCUCUCCACCGCCACCGUCACCGUCACCACCACCGCGACCGCGACCGUCACCGCCACCGCCACCGCCACCACUUUUAGUUACGA